AUGGAACUGAGCGAUGAUCUGCGGGGGAGCGGCCCGAUGGACUUAAGGGUGUUCCGCACGAGGACCUACGACAGGAAGGUGUUCACAUCGGAAGAUGAAGACGACGAUUUUGACGAUGACGACAUGUUUAAGGAAGAUGAAGACGACGAUAACAACGAUGAAGGCGAGGCAGGAGAGGAUGCAGAUGACAAGGGGAGCGAGGACGAAGGCAGCUCCGCGGAGGAGGAAGAUGACGACGAUGAGGAUAGCGCGGAUCUACCGUGUCUGAGCCUCAGCUCUGUAUCACUCAUCACGCGGGUGCGCCGAGAGGAGGGCUCCUUCUUCUCCCUCUUGCCGGCCGAGAUCCGCCUCGCCAUCCUCUCUUUCCUCGGCCCAAGCCAACUCGCCAAAAUCAGGCUGGUGUCGCACCAGUGGCGCGAGCUGGCCGAGGACGACCGCCUCUGGCGGCGGCAGCACCAGGAGCGGCUUGGCGGCCCGCUCGUGCUCAAGUACAGCAAGAACCCGAUCCGCAAGCAGGUCGAACGCAACAAAAAGAAAGAGAUGCUCCUUCUGCGCCAGGAGCAGCGCCAGCGGAAGAAGGAGUGGGCCGAGAAGAGGAAGAUGUGGGCGCGUAGGGAGAAGGCCCGGCACAAGGACAAGGACAGGGAACAGGAAAAGGAGCUCCGGAAAGAGAAGAGCAAGGAAGAGGACCGCGAAGAGCGCGAGCUGAUGGUGAAGGGGUUCAUCGUGUCCGUCAUCGACCACGAAAAGAAGCGGCGCGCGAGUGCGGAGCAGAUCGUUCCGCCCAGCACCUCGUCGGACACCGAAGCAGAAGCGGAAGACGCUGCCAACGCGAUGCACAACACCGAGGUCGCCAUCAAGUACGCCAUCCGCGAGGGCGUGCUGAACGAGGACGAGAUCGUGAUCGAGCACACGGUCAAGCGGGUCAAGGACAUGGCGAGGGAGAUCAAGGAUGAGAUCAAGACCCUCGACGAAGACCUCCAGGUGCUGGGCAUCCAGGAGAAGCAGGGCGCCGCGUCCGGCGCUCGAUGGGUGGAGGGCUACUGGGCUUUCGGGCGCUACAUCAAGAAGAUCGCCCACGCCGCCCAGCUGAAAGAGACCAAAAAGCACGACGCGAUGAAGAAGCACGUGGACUCGAAGCCGCCGAUUAUGGUCACGCGGACCGCGGCGUCGCCACCGGUAGCGCUGCCCCCGAUGCCCUACGGCCCGUAUUCGCCGCCGACGCCCACGACCGUGUCCCCGCGCGUUGUUGCGGGCGAGAACAUGCGCAUGCGGCAGUUCAAGGCCCUCGAGGAGAAGGAAAAGAAGAAGGACAGCAAAAAGGAGAAGAAAGAGAAGAAGGAAAAGAAAGAGAAGGAGAAGAAGGAGAAGCGAGCGCGGAGCCUGUCCGACACCCGCAAGGCCCAGGAAAAGAAGUCGUCCGACAAGAUCGUCGACGUCUACGGCAAGCUUAAGCGACAGCGGAGCCGCACGACGGACGACAUCGAGCCGGCCGCCCAGGAGGCGCGGGAGUUGCACCGGGCGGCGGCCCAGCAGGACGACCUCAGGAAGCGAAGCGCGCUCGGCCGGGUCAGCGCCUCGCCCGCCCAGGGCGUCCAUCGGCAGCGGAGCCACACGAUCGAUUACGAAGACCACCUCGAGCGGCAGAAGAAGGCCGAGGAAGCCGAGAAGAAAGAGAGGAAGGCGCAAGCCAAGCUCGAGAAGGAGAAGGAGAAGGCCAAGCGCAAGGAGACCGACUUCUGGGCUUUCUGGGGCAGCAUCUCCCGCAGCGUCCAGGCGUGGAUCAUGAUGACCGCUGCGAGCUUUGGUCACCGCAAGUUCCUCGAACGACUCUACAUGAAACUCAAGGACGAUAAAACGGUGGGCAAGCUGAUGGUGCCGAUCUUCCAUCAGCUGCUGCACGCGGCGUGCCAGCAGGGGCAGCCCGAGACGGCCGAGUUCCUCCUGCACGUGAGGCUCGACUUCCAGACCGACCGCCGCAUCGCGCACUCUCCCGCGUUCAAGCAUAUGGAGCACCAGAUGCAGGUCGCGCGCUGGGACGCCUUCCGAACAGCGUCAAAGUGGGGUCACACGAAACUCAUCGAGAUUCUCCUCUCGCACGGCUACCAGCCCGACGAACGGGCCGUCAGAGGAGCGAUUGUGGGAGGACAGCUGGAGAUUUUGAAGCUGCUGAUCAGCUACGGUGCCGACAUCAAGCCUCUCCACAUGAAGCGCGCCAUCUACUACCGAAACCGGGACAUCGUGGCCCAUCUUCUCGACCUCUUCCCUCACCUGCCCCAAGCCGAGCCCUACCUGCUCAAGAUCGCCGUGUCUACGCGUGCCAAUUUCAGGCAAACGGAGCGCCUGCGCAACAGAACGAUUCCCAAGUUUGUCGACUUUGGGAUCAUUGAUCUUCUCCUGGCGCAUGGUGCCGACAUCAACGACAACAGCGACGUCCACUACGCGCCCAGCCCCCUGCAUAUCGCUGCCCAGCAAGGAGCGUCACUCACUCUCACACUCUUCGGCGUAUCGACGGCACCAGGCAACCCAAGUCUGUGUGAGUACCUGCUGGAGAAGGGCGCUGACAUGCACGGCAUCUUCUCGUGUCCGCCCUACGCCGUGUCGAAUCCGCUGCUGCACAAGACGCGAGGCCUCGUCCUCACCCUCACGCCAUUCGAGGUGGCGGUGUACAACGGGAGGGAGAGAGCGGUGGAGUACUUCCUCGCCAAGGCCGCCUCGUCGACGCACCCGCUCACGGAGAUCUCCAAGCUCUUCUGCAAGCCCGAGCCCAGGAAGCAGCCCAAGGGCGCCAACAUGUUCCGGGUCGACCUCGCCUACCUGCGGGAAGCGAUGGAUGGAGCAGCAGCCGAGGCUGCCAAGGUGGUGAGCCCACGGGACAAGCCCAAGCUCACCACCAUCCUGCACCAGCCCGAGGAGCUCGACCAGGUGCCCAACAUCAGGAACAUCUUCAAGAUCUUCAGGGCCUACCGAGUCAACUUCAAGGAGAUCGAAAGCCAUGUGGCGGCGUACCUGCCCGCGCUCAGUCCGCUCCACCACGCGGCCAAGAAUGACAAUCUGGCCGGGAUCCUGUCGAUGCUGCUCGAGAUGGGGCUCAACCGCGAGAAGCGGGACAAGAAGGGCCGGACGCCGCUACUCAAGGCCGCCCGGUUCUGUUCGGUGGAGAACAUCCAGGUGCUGGUCAAGCACCAGGCCCUGGUCGACGCCAUCGACUGCGAGGGCAACUCGGCCUUCCACCACCUCGUCAUCGCGCUCCCGUCCAUGCCCACUUUCCUCGCGGCCUCGGCGCCGAUGGGCACCGGCCAGCCGCCGCGCUCGCCCACCAAGAUCCGCGCCGCGCUCGGCCACUCGUUGCCGCUCGGCUCGUCCCCGCCCGCGGCUCCUUCUUCAUCGUCGUCCUCUUCUUCUUCAUCGUCGUCGUCUCCUUCCGGCGGAUCGGCGACCGCCUCGCAGGAUCCGAAUCCGGUGAAGGUCAUGAACGCGAUUCAGUUCUUGCUCGAGAACGGCGCCGACAUCAACAUGAUCAACAACCUCGACGAGACGUGCCUGGACCUGCUGGCGCGCAAGUCGAAGAAGUACUGCCCCGGCAAGAACGAGGUGGUUCUCUUCCUCAAGGCCCACGGCGCCAAGAGCGGCAAGGAGCUCGUGCACUCGGUCAAGAGCAAAAGCAAGCUGCGUGGCCUGCUCGGGCUCUAA